AUGCCUUCAACCAUAAAAGAUAUUAUCGAUAUAAUAACUGAUGAGGAAAAAUAUAUAAAACAUAUUUGCCCCAAUACCAAAGAAUAUAAAACUUUCAAGAUCCCAAGGCGAUCAUUUACUGCAUUUAGGUUGUCGUAUACAUCAGCAGUGGAAUUAUCUCUUUGUUCCAAAGUUGUUCUUUUGGGAGGAGUUCCCAAUAGAUGGUAUGUGGAACAAAAAAGUGGGUUUCGGAAGGCCUUUUCCAAGAUUGCUCUUAGAAAACUGCGAAAAAGAACAGAACUCUUGGCAACUUAUGGGUAUAGAACCAUCUAUAAUAAGAAACAAUCAAGGCUUUUGAGAACUCUCCCUAAGGCAUCAUAUAAGAGAUUAAGAAAUCAAUAUCCUUCACAAAGCAUACCAUCAAGAAGCCAAACUGCCAAACUAAUUAGAAGCCCCAAAGGGGUCAUAGGCAAUAGGAGACUGGUUAUUACAAAUGAUGGUAUUCCUGAAAUCAUACAACAAAGGAAUAAAAAGGCUCCAAAUGAUGUGGAUGAACUGCAAUGCCCGCGGCCGUCUAAUUCUUUAACACCUAUAGAGGAUAGUUCAUUUCGACAUGAUGAACCUAAACGAAAAACACUAGAGUCUAAAUUUUAUACAUUCCCAAAUAUCAAGGCAUCAGUUCAUCAUUUUAAACCACAGAAAAGUGUUACUUUGCCGAGUAAUUUUCAAAACGAUGCCCUUUUACAUUCGACUACGACUGCAUGUACUCUCGAGUCUCCCAGGAACAGCCUUCUCAUUUCUCCAGUAAACUCAACUUCCAAUAAAGCACAAAGAUCUUCAUGUUCAAGUUUGAGACCAGAACGAUUAUUACAGGAAAAUAGGCUAGACGUGGCGCUACCAAAUAAUAAAGAAUCAGUAUCAUAUCAAAGUAAUAAAGAAUUAAAGAAAAAGUUGAAAUAUAAUGGUCAAAAUCACAAACCAAGGACAUCGAAAUACAAUCCAAGUCCCGUGUUCUACUUGGCACCCCCAACCAUCUCUAACGGGCACGAAAAUGCGAGCAAAUAUUAUCAUAGCGUAAAAAAUUUGCCACCAAAGCCGUUAACUAUUAAAGAAAAUGAAAAUCUUGUGUUUCGUGAUGCUGGUGAUGACAAUAAUACCCAAAACCAUCGUUUGAAAGAAGAAUUACAGAAAGUCAACAGAUGUGCAAUUAUGGAAAAAGUCCAUAAAAAUGUUAGAAAUGUACUAGGAUUAGAACAGUCUCUUAGUAACUAUAUUCUAAAGAAGAAUAAUUUUGGUCAGAUCCUAUAUAUGGAAAAAAUGUUAGUCAUGGUUAAAGCCGCUGUCUGCACCAAAGAUCCUGUAACAAAUUUCACAGAGAAUGAACCCGUCGAUACAAGGGUAUAUGAUAGAUGGAAAGAAUAUAUUGUGGUGGCUAGAGUAACUGGAAGAAGUGAUGCACCACUUUUAUUACAAUUUUAUCACUCUCGUAAGAUCCCGAAGAAGUUAGAGGACAAAUCAAUGGAUUCAAGUAAUUUGCAUGGAAGUUCCUUAGAUUUUUAUCUCAAUAAGAAAUGCCACGUUAAAUUCUAUAGUACUCUGGAUAGAACAAUUUGUAUCCAAAAACCGGAUGAUAAAAUAACUAGCUCAGAUGGACCAACAACAAUAGCAGAGUAUAAAGAUGCAACUCAAUUGAAAUUUUACAUUUUGAGAUGUCGUACUCUUCAUUCUUCGGGGAUUUGGUUCACAUUUUUACGUGAAUCGCUCAAUUUAAGGAAAAUACCUAAAUCCAUGAUUAUAAAGGUUCCAGAUGUAGGUGUAUCUUUAAAUAUAGCACUUAAAAAUGAUUUAUUGAAUUAUCUACACAAUUUACAAUUGAAUGAAGAAGACGAAUUAAAGAUAUUCUACCUGCCGAGAGGUUACAGGAUACUUCAAUUCCCAUUUUUAAGGUAUAUUACAGCUUCAAUUAUAAAUCAAUUAAGGAAAGCACGCCUAUAUGACCAAUUGAAAGAAUGGGAAAAGGCUAACGUAGUACUUGGUUGUAAUCUUCGACGUUAUGAUCGAAUAGAAUGGUGUUCCGGCCAUGAAUCCAGUUUACUAAGAGGUCCUUGUGAAUUAAUGAGUUCACAUUCAUUAGAAUACAGACCACUCAUUCACUAUCCAAGAUCGACAACGACCUCAAAUAAGGUGAAGCUAAUAGAACCUUUACCAAUAGAAGGCUUUCUUAUCAGAUACUCCAAUAAAUAUGGACAAGAAUGGUUAACUUUCGGUAAAAUAUAUUUAAAACCUUCUUAUUUUUUCACAAGUGAUAACUUAUUAUUUUCCAUGUCAUCGUUUAAAUCCAUGCCACCCUUACCUAUCGAAGCAUCAUUUGAUGAGUUAGAGAACCCACAUGAUAUCGAAAAUGAUGAAAAGAUCUUGAACUCGUUACCAAUGGUAUAUGAACAAAAUCCUUACGCGUUAAAUUUAGAUAGCCAUAUAUCUUGGCUAAAUGAUAAUAUGCCAAAAGAAACGUUCCAGACAAACGAUCUAUAUUCUUUUAAAUGUUUUAACAGAAGAGUUGCCCAAAUAUUAAAGGCUGAAAAUAUUUUAGAUAUGACUAAAAUACAAAAAGUCCAAAAUGGGGCGGUUGAAGAUUUGAAAUAUAAUGAAGUAAAGUAUUCAUUAUUAAAAGUAGCUAAUUACACGUUUUGGGAAAGGAUUAGUGAAUUGGAAGAUACUGUACGCUCUACUAUAAUUAUCACAACAUCCAAUAAAAUGAAAUUAAAAUUAUUAGCACCCUCCCCUCAAGUUGCUACUGAAUGGGCUACCUCUUUAACAAAUAUGUCAAUUUAUUGGAAACAAAGACUUAAGCAGGAUACGGAAAAUAUCUGGAAUACGAAAAUGACAAAUCUAUCUAAUCUGAGGAUUGAAGAAUUAUUGGAAUCAAAUAUAUGUGAAGAAACACCUAAAUGGGUUUCAGAUAGAGCAACAGCAGAUCCGACCAUAUUCAAUAUUAAUAGUUUGUCUUUAUUGAGACCCCUCAUUCAAAAAGGUAUCUUAUACCAAAAACCUAAAAAGCAUGCUGUAUUUUCGAAAUAUUAUAUCGUUUUGAUACCAGGAUUCUUAAUUCUAUUCAAUUGUUUCCAUAGAUCAACGACUGGCUUUGCAAAAAAUGUGAUAGAUUAUAAUCAUUAUUUAACGAUUCCAAUAAGUGAAUGUUAUUUAUAUUCUGGUACAACAACUGAAUUAGACUUACUACGAAGGGAUCAUACAUUUGAUAUUAUCAACCCUGGUAAUCAUGCCAUACCAAGGGCUUAUGAUGAUGGUUGGAAAUCUACAGAAAAUGAGUCUUCUCGUUGUUUCACGCUUUGGUUUGGGACCAAAAGGGCAAUUGCCAAGUAUUCGAAAAUGCAAGAACAUAAAGCUGAACAUGCUGAAGAGAGUGUUACUGAUUCCGAUGGUGAAUAUGUAAAAAACAAAAACUAUGAAUCAAAUCCUGGGACAUUGAGACUGGUUAAUCGGUUAGGUGUAAGUGGGAGAUCGAUGGUCUUUAUGGCUAGAUCAAGACAGGAGAGAGAUCUUUGGGUCGUUUCAAUUUAUAAUGAAUUAGAAAGAUUAAAAGAAAAUGAUUUAGAAUGA